UGGUGCGCGCCGCGGGUGCGGGCGCGAUGGCGGCGCUGGGCGGGGAUGGGCUGCGCCUGCUGUCGGUCUCACGGCCUGAGCGGCAGCCGGAGUCAGCGGCGCUGGGCAGCCCGGGUCCCGGGCUGUGCUGCUGGGUGUCGGUGUUCUCCUGCCUCAGCCUUGCCUGCUCUUACGUGGGCAGCCUGUACGUCUGGAAGAGCGAGCUGCCCAGGGACCACCCUGCCGUCAUCAAGCGGCGUUUCACCAGUGUCCUGGUGGUUUCCAGUCUCUCACCCCUCUGCGUGCUGCUUUGGAGGGAACUAACGGGCAUCCAGCCAGGCACAUCCCUGCUCACCCUGAUGGGCUUCAGGCUGGAGGGCAUUUUCCCAGCAGCACUGCUGCCCCUGCUGCUGACCAUGAUCCUUUUCCUGGGUCCACUGAUGCAACUCUCUCUGGAUUGCCCUUGUGAUCUGGCAGAUGGGCUGAAGGUGGUCCUUGCCCCUCGCUCCUGGGCCCGCUGCCUCACAGACAUGCGUUGGCUGCGGAACCAAGUGAUUGCGCCCCUGACAGAGGAGCUGGUAUUCCGGGCCUGUAUGCUGCCCAUGUUAGCACCAUGCAUGGGCCUGGGCCCUGCUGUGUUCACCUGCCCACUCUUCUUUGGAGUUGCCCAUUUUCACCACAUUAUUGAGCAGCUGCGUUUCCGCCAGAGCAGUGUGGGGAGCAUCUUCUUGUCUGCAGCGUUCCAGUUCUCCUAUACAGCUGUCUUCGGUGCCUACACUGCUUUCCUCUUCAUCCGCACAGGACACCUGAUUGGGCCUGUUCUCUGCCACUCCUUCUGCAAUUACAUGGGCUUCCCAGCUGUGUGUGCUGCCCUGGAACAUCCGCAGAGGCGGCCCCUUCUGGCAGGCUAUGCCCUGGGUGUGGGACUCUUCCUGCUUCUACUCCAACCCCUCACCAACCCCAAGCUCUACGGCAGCCUUCCCCUUUGUGUGCUUUUGGAGCGGGCAGGGGACUCAGAGGCUCUCCUGUGCUCCUGACCUUCACUCCUGUGUACACUCCAGUGAACUCUCAUGGGCUCCGUGGCCCCUCCCCAUCAAGGGGUACUGCAGGGAGGGGCUGGCCAGGGUCCCCGAGAUCUCAGGAAUUUUUAUAGGGGAUUGAAGCCAGAGCUAGUUGAAUCCCAGGGACCAAGAGAAAGGAGCAGAUAUCCAAAGGAUGCAGCCCCUCUUGAAAGGGGGCGAGGAGCAACUGGGAGUGAGGGGACCAAGGGACAGGUCCUAGGAGCUGUGCACUCCCUUCCUCACUUUGGACUAUUGCUUCUCCUAGCUCCUCUGCCCCCUUCUGCCUCUGAAAAGCUGCUCAGGGGUUUUUAUUUAUAAAACCCCUCCCCCAAACUUCCAGGGUUUUCUCAUUGUCUUUUUGCAUCAGAACUUUGUAUUGGGGUAUUAAAGAGAUUUAACUUGGGUAA